AUGAUUGGAACUUAUUUAUUUUGUGGAAAUUUAGGUAAAACACAAGCAAAAAAAAUGGACUGCAAUGAUAUGGAAGAAGAUACAUUGGGUAUGACGAUUACGUCUGGCACAUGUACACUGAAAAAAGAUAAACAAAAUUUAGUUGGAAUUAGUAUUGGUGGCGGUGCUCCGUUAUGUCCAUGUUUAUACAUUGUUCAAGUAUUUGACAAUACGGCAGCAUCACGUGAUGGACUCUUAGCAGCAGGAGAUGAAAUCAUAUCUGUCAAUGGUAAACCUGUUAAAGGUCGAACAAAAGUUGAAGUUGCAAAACUUAUACAAUCAAUAAAAUCUGAAGUAACAAUUCAUUAUAAUAAACUACAUGCUGAUCGAAAACAAGGGAAAACGCUUGAUAUAGUGCUAAAGAAAAUGAAACAUCGUGUAGUUGAAACAAUGAGUUCAACAACGGCUGAUGCUUUGGGUCUUAGUCGUGCAAUAUUAUGCAAUGAUGGUUUAAUUAAGAAAUUAGAUGAAUUAGAACGAACAUCUGAUUUAUAUCGUGGUCUUAUCGAUCACACACGUGGUAUAUUAAAAGCCAUAUUUGAACUAGCUCAUACACAUCGUAAUUUUGGUGAUGCUUUUGCUAAUAUUGGCGCACGAGAACCUCAAAUAAAAGCAAGUGAAGGAUUUACUAAAUUUGGUGAAGCACAUAGACAAAUAGAUCGUUAUGCUAUCACAUUACUGAGAACAGUUAAACCGAUGAUCACAGAUUUAAAUACAUAUUUGAGUAAAGCUAUACCCGACACUCGUUUAACAAUUCAAAAGUAUGCUGAUGCUAAAUUUGAAUAUCUUUCUUAUUGUUUGAAAGUAAAAGAGAUGGACGAUGACGAAUGUAGUUAUGCAGCCUUGCAAGAACCAUUAUAUCGUGUUGAAACAGGAAAUUAUGAAUAUAGGUGA